CUGUAGUUUUUGAGGUAUGUUGGUUGUCAAACACGUUCCUUGCGGUCCCGCAUAAAGGGCAGGGAGUCUGCGUUUGUCUGCGAGUUUUCUCUGUGUGCUGAGCGGCAGAUACUUCAGCUUCUCCGCGAUGAGUCGAGCCGUGCUGGUGGAUCUGCUUCACCGCUGCUGUGCAUCAUGCACGGGCGCUUCUCUGCUGGAGGACUCGGUUUCAGACUCGCAGGUCUUCGUGCUGUGCGGGAACACUUACCGGGAGAAAAACGGCUUCGUAGACACGUUCUUGAGCUCCUGCAAAAGUGUGCACAUCCUGGACUCGAGCUCCACAGUGGAGAGUUUGUACCGUUUCAAGCAGACUUUGGACCAGCUGGACCUGAGCUCGAUCACGGUCCUCACCACCGCACAGGGCAAAGAGGUGCUGGCUCAUUACCAGAACCUCCUUUUUACGGCCCUAUACGACUUCCAGUACAAGCAGAGACCGGUGGACGAGACUUGUCCUAGUUGCAGAGCCUCCACAGAUUCGGUCUCACCUGGCGAAGAAGUGUGCGAAGAAGUGUCGACGUUUAUGCAGCAGCUUCCUGCGCUGAAGGGAGAACUCACAGUUCUGAAGUCUGCGCUCAUUCCAGAUUGUUUUGGUCAUGGCUUCAGCACCCGUACAGGUGGUGUGUCCUACAUCUCGACCUUAUCCUCCUUGAAUCUGUUCAGCAGCUGCAGGAGGAGGGACCCAGUGGCUGUGGUAAUGGAGAACAGGCGCCGAUUAGCCCUCCAUGCUGGUUUCCAUCCUCAGCCCAUGCAUUUAGUCAAGGUGAACCACGCUAACGAUGUCUGGGUCUUGGGGAAAGCUGAGCCCGAGAGUUACGAUGCAAUGGUGACCAAUCAGACUGGGCUCGUCUUAGCAGCUCCAGGGGCCGACUGCAUGCCGCUCCUCUUUGCUGAUCCCGUCGCAAAAGUUAUCGGAGUCGCACAUGCAGGUUGGAGAGGAACCAUAAUGGGGGUUGCCAUGGCCACUGUGAAUGCCAUGGUGACAGAAUUUGCUUGCCAAGUUAGCAACAUUGUGGUGGCUGUGGGACCAUCAGUGGGACCCUGCUGCUAUACCAUGGAAAGAGACCAGGCGUUGGACUUCAUGAGCAUCCAUCCAGACUGUGUUCCUGAUCCAGAAUCAGCCAGACCACACGUCGACAUCCGUCUCGCCAACAGAGUUCUCCUCCAGAAAGGUGGCGUCCUGCCCGAGCACAUCCAUGACAACACGAUGACGCACUGGUCCUGCGUGACGCCCUGCACCUCAUGUCACCCUGAAAACUACUUCUCCCAUGUCAGAGAUGGGCUUAACUUUGGCACACAGGUGGGCUUCCUGUGGAUCAAACAAACGAAUGAAUGAAUGAGUGUUUAGCACACUUACCUCAUAUUGUUGUCAGCUAAAGCUCCACAAAGUCAAUGUGCUUUUUUGGUAAAAUUACGUGGUAUAAAAAAUGUUAAAAGCAGCAGACAGAAAAUAGCUAAAAACCAAUUGUUUGCUAAUUUACUGUUUGAUAUUUACAGCUUUAAGGAUAAUUUUGCAUGUCCCACAGAUUCUAAUCUUCAAAUAAACUAGAGGAUUAAAGUUACAAUGUGCAAAAUCUCAAUACUAGAUGUCAGUACAUAGCAGACUGCAUUCAACGGAGUUCUGUUUUCGUACCGCUCUCAAUUCAAAUGCACAAUCCUAGCUAAGGUGGCUUCCAUUCAUCUGUAGUGAGUGCAGGCUAGGGUUGCCAACUCCCUGAAAAAUAAAUAAGGGACACCUCGUGGCCAGGGCCGGGCAACCCAGUUGUCUUCAC